GUCAAUCGUCACUAUAGCAACGGAUACAAUCUUGUAAGUUAGCGUGUGAACAAAUUGACCUGUUAUUUUUUAUAUCUGUGACUCCAUUUCUCAGUCAAGUAUGGUGGAGGAGUCAGAUACAUACCACAUCCGACCUAACCAUCGGCUGAAGUUUAAACCAGCUGUGGUAAAGCGAUACAUCCAUGACAUUGUGAGGGAGCGUCUUUCUGACAUGCAGUAUGAUCCAGAGACUGUCGCAGAGUUGACCCGGUCACUGGCAGAGAGCAUAAAGGACAAAGUGAAGACUGCAGAAUUUGACAGAUACAAGAUUGUUGUGCAGGUGCUCAUUGGAGAACAACGAGGACAAGGAGUGAAGAUGUCUGCCAGGUGUUUGUGGGACGCAGACACGGACAACUAUGCAGACGAUGUUUUCAUGAAUGACAGCUUGUUCUGUGUGGUGACAGUUUUUGGAAGCUAUUAUUACUGAAGACUUGAAGCAUGGAUGACAGCAGAUCCUUUUAUAUGAAGAGAUAUGAAAUGAACAUUUGUGAGACGCCACACUACCAGCUCGUCAGCUUCUGCUGAGUGGAAAUAUGUCAUUUCUGUCUCUUUCAGACGUAUGAUUCUCACACAUCCUGUAUAGGACCUUUGCUGAUGUAGUGAUAAUAUAAUGAAUGCUGUCGGUGUAAUUUCCUGACUUGACAAGAUAGUUAUUGAUGACAGAAGCUGUUUGAACAGCUAAUUCUGGAUUGCACCUAAAGAUGUUCCAGUCUGGACUCCCAGGUGUUGAAAAGAUGGUGUCAGGUCAGCUGGGCAAAGGAACUUUCCCAAAUUCAUUUCAUUUUAAAGGAUAAUUCAAUAAAAUAAAAUUAUCUUAACCAACUCAUGUUAUUGUUUGCCCUUUGGAGCUGCUGUAUCAGAAAAGGUCAGAAUGAAAAGAAAUGAUCAUCAACUUUUAUAAUUAUAGAACAAGUCAACACAACAUAUCUGGAUAGCAUCACAACUAUUGCCACUUUCUUUAUUCUGCAUUCUACAAAUUCUAGUACUUCCUUGACAGUUAUGCUGUAGCUUAGUUUUUUGUGAAUAUUCAAAUGUCUUUAUGAACUGUCUAUGUCUAAGCAACUUUAAACGUUUAGAGCUGCAGACAGCUUCUAUAACGGGUUAAAGAAACUCCUGAUAUUUCUUUCAUUUCUGUCAUCAAAUUUAAGCUGAAAAAAUAAACCAGUGAAGACGUUAAUGAUGAAAAAUGAAACUACAUGCUGCUGACAAAACAGACAAGGCAAAACACAUGGGACUUUUAUUUUUUUUUUAUGACAGAAAAGAGGUUUUUGUUCCUACAAAAUGACUCACACCUGCUACCUAUGACGUCUGAGUUGUCUCUCAUUUCCUUCUAAAUUAAUCCAAUGAAAUUCAACAUCUACAUUUUUUUUUAACAAUUCCAUUUCCUCAACUUCCACAUAAACUUGAUACUUUACACAUAGUUGCUGUCAAAUUGAGUGGCUGGUGUAAGUUCAAAUGUGGAAAUGACAAAAUACUCUCCUAUUGUAAUCAUUUGUUAAAAUGAAAAUAGGCAUUUUGUAUUACGUUAGUUUUAUUCUCAUUCCCAGUGAAGCUUUAAAUCAAUUGUCUUCUGAGUUAAUGUUUUAAAAAUCCAACUC